AUGGGGUGGAUUUAUCUUGCCAAUAUUUUGCUCCUCUCCUUAUGCGCGGCGGGAUUGCCGUUGCCACAGGGUGGCGGGGCGGGGGCCCAUGGACAGUCGCAGGCUGGUUCGCCGAGCACCCCGGGCCCCGGCGGUGGUACAGCCGGCAGCGGCGCGAGCAGUACACUUGGCGCCGCUGGCGGCGGUGCAUCUGGCUCCGGCACCAGCGCCGGAGUUGGCCUCGGCGUUACUGGAGGAACCACCGGGGGCGGGGCCGGCGGCGGUGCCGCCGGAGGUGGUACGGGCUGGUCCACGGGGCCUGCUCGUCGGGGCCGAGGGUGGCGCGACUGGCGCCGCGGCGACCCCACCCUUAUGAAGGGUCUCUGGAAGUCGAAGGGACCUCUAGAUUCUCUAGGAAACGCGGAGGCGUACAUCUUCCUAGCGUUGUUGAUCGGUUUCGUCACCGUGGUGGUCGGCUGCUGGCUGUCCGACAACUGUUGGUCACCUGAACCAGAAGGUGUGGUCACCCUCGCAUAG